GACGGAAGGCGUAGCGGAAGUCCCUCCAGCCGCGGUGUUGUGCUGUGGGGAAGAGAGACGGAUUUGUAAACCCCGGAGCGAGAUUCUGUCUGCCCGAGGUCACUGCUGUGCGGAGACCCCUGGGGUGAAGCCACCGUAACCAUGUCUGACCAGGAGGCAAAACCUUCAACUGAGGACUUGGGAGAUAAGAAAGAAGGAGAAUACAUCAAACUCAAAGUCAUUGGACAGGAUAGCAGUGAAAUUCACUUCAAGGUGAAAAUGACGACACAUCUCAAGAAACUCAAAGAAUCAUACUGUCAAAGACAGGGAGUUCCAAUGAAUUCACUCAGGUUUCUCUUUGAAGGUCAGAGAAUUGCUGAUAAUCACACUCCAAAAGAAGCAGGAGAUGCCAACAUAGUCUCAAGUGUCCACCUGAUCCAAGAAGCUCACUCUUCACCAGCAUACUGAUAUAGUUCUGUGCUGGGUAUGGAGGAAGAAGAUGUGAUUGAAGUUUAUCAGGAACAAACGGGGGGUCAUUCAGCAGUUUAGAUAUUCUUUUAAUUUUUUUUCUUUUCCCUUAAUCCUUUUUUAUUUUUAAAAAUAGUUCUUUUGUAAUGUGGUGUUCAAAACAGAAUUGAAAACUGGCACCUCUCAAAAACAUCUGGUAUUUUGAAUUCUAGUGCUCAUCAUUCAUUAUCGUUUGUUUUCAUUGUGCUGAUUUUUGGUGAUCAAACCUCAGCCCUCUUCAUAUUGCCCUCUUCUUAAAAAUUACAUAUGUGCACAGAGAGGUCACCUUUUCCAGGACUGUGCAUUUUCAGGCUUGUGGGAUAACUUAAGAUCGACCAAUGCAAGUGUUCAUAAUGACUUUCCAAUUGGCCCUGAAGUUCUGUCAUGUGAUUGCUUCACUCCUGGACUAUGACUUUCAGUGGGAGAUGGAAGUUUUUCAGAGAACUGAACUGUGGAAAAAUGACCUUUCCAUAACUUGAAGCUACUUUUAAAAUCUGAGGGUCUGGACCAAAAGAAGAGGAAUGAUUAUCAGGUUGGAGUCAUGAUGACAUAUGGUGAGAGUAAUGACUAACUCCAAAGACGGCGUCACUGAAGAGACAAAGCAUUUUAAGAUUCAAAUAAAAUUCUUGUCAGAAGAUCCCAGAAAAAUUCUAAUUUUCAUUAGCAGUAUAGAGUUAUUCAUGCAGAAGUGUAUACAACAGAACACUGCUCUUUUUGAUUUUAUUUGUACUUUUUGGCCUGGGAUAUGGGUUUUAAAUGGACAUUGUCUGUACCAGCUUCAUUAAAAUAAACAAAAUAUUUGUAAAAACCGUA